GUUUGGGAAUGUUUUGGAAUGAUGAGGGAAAAUGUCAGAGCAGCAGGGUGCACCGGAGCAGCUGGAAAGAGCCAAGGAGGGGCAGGAGCCACCUACAAGGUGGGUGUAGGGUGAAUUUGCAAGGUGGGUGUUAGGCAGAAGGGGAAGCUAAUCCUAGAUCUGCAACUUUGGGGAAACUUCACCCCAGAGCUACAAGGUGUCAAUGGACUUUAAAAAAUAUAUAGUUAUAUCCUAGUGUUCCCAUUGUCCCACUUUUAUGAAGGGUCACUGAUACUACGUAUUUACAAUGACAUAAGCAAGUACAGCACAAUUACACUGCACUUAACAGUACAUUGUUAAAUUAGAACUGUGCAACCUGUAGGCCUAUGCAGUUUGUGCUAAUGUUGAAUUUGUUGUUUAGCUUAUUUUACACUAUGUAUUAUGGCUUACUUACCACUGACCUGGGCCUCUCCCUGGCUUGCCUUGCAGGUGGUGGUGUUUGAGUUGGAGAAUUUCCAUGGGAAGAAGUUGGAGCUGUCUGCAGAGUGUAAGGAUGUGAUUGAGAAGGGAUGUGAGAAGGUGGGAUCUGUCAUUGUGGAAUCUGGACCGUAAGUGUCAACGAUUUUGAUUUCCUACAUUUUCCAUGAUGCCUCAUUCUUAGCCACUUCCUGUUUACCUGUCUCUCCACUACUCCCAGCCUCUUAUGACACUGACAGCCCUUAUUUAAUCCAACCUCAGUCUCUAGACAAUUAAAUUACAUUCCUAUUCUAUACAGUAUAUACAUUUCGAUCACAUUUACAGUUCUUAUCAAUUACCUUUCAUUUACUAUCUCACAACUAUCAGUUCAUGUACAACCAAUUGGUAAAGUGCAAUAACGUUUGUGUUCUCAGCUGGGUAGCAUUUGAGUGCCAGGCAUUUGGCGGGGAGCAGUUUGUCCUGGAGAAGGGAGAGUAUCCUCGUUGGAGCACCUGGACCAACUGCCUGCUGUCCUUCAGGCCACUCUGAGUGGUCAGUCCCUGGAAUUAUAAUUACAAUCAGAAUCAACUUAAUUCACAACGUAUCAUUACAUGUUUCCGGAAUUUGACCUGGUGAAACGCUGUACAAUAAACAGAAUAUACAGAGAGAAUAUAGACAAAAUAAGACAAGACUGUCAAGCUAUAUAUAGUCUCUCUUGACAGACGGUUUGCUCCUGGCAAUGUAUCAAUGCUCCAGCUAAAAUGUCUGUACAAGUAGGGCAUCAGUUGGGACAGAGACAGGGGCGGACUUAGUGAUUUGGAGGCCCCAGGCAGAGGACAUUUUAAGCCCUGCCUAUCCACACUUGUGAUUUGUUGGGAGAGUUGUCUGUAAAAGAACAAAUAUAUACAGUGGGGAGAACAAGUAUUUGAUACACUGCCGAUUUUGCAGGUUUUCCUACUUACAAAGCAUGUAGAGGUCUGUAAUUUUUAUCAUAGGUACACUUCAACUGUGAGAGACGGAAUCUAAAAAAAAUCCAGAAAAUCACGUUGUAUGAUUUUUAAGUAAUUAAUUUGCAUUUUAUUGCAUGCCAUAAGUAUUUGAUACAUCAGAAAAGCAGAACUUAAUAUUUGGUACAGAAACCUUUGUUUGCAAUUACAGAGAUCAUGAGUUUCCUGUAGGUCUUGACCAGGUUUGCACACACUGCAGCAGGGAUUUUGGCCCACUCCUCCAUACAGACCUUCUCCAGAUCCUUCAGGUUUCGGGGCUGUCGCUGGGCAAUACGGACUUUCAGCUCCCUCCAAAGAUUUUCUAUUGGGUUCAGGUCUGGAGACUGGCUAGGCCACUCCAGGACCUUGAGAUGCUUCUUACAGAGCCACUCCUUAGUUGCCCUGGCUGUGUGUUUCGGGUCGUUGUCAUGCUGGAAGACCCAGCCACGACCCAUCUUCAAUGCUCUUACUGAGGGAAGGAGGUUGUUGGCCAAGAUCUCGCGAUACAUGGCCCCAUCCAUCCUCCCCUCAAUACAGUGCAGUCGUCCUGUCCCCAUUGCAGAAAAGCAUCCCCAAAGAAUGAUUUUUACACCUCCAUGCUUCAUGGUUGGGAUGGUGUUCUUGGGGUUGUACUCAUCCUUCUUCUUCCUCCAAACACGGCUAGUGGAGUUUAGACCAAAAGGCUCUAUUUAUGUCUCAUCAGACCACAUGACCUUCUCCCAUUCCUCCUCUGGAUCAUCCAGAUGGUCAUUGGCAAACUUCAGACAGGCCUGGACAUGCGCUGGCUUGAGCAGGGGGACCUUGCGUGCGCUGCAGGAUUUUAAUCCAUGACGGCAUAGUGUGUUACUAAUGGUUUUCUUUGAGACUGUGGUCCCAUCUCUCUUCAGGUCAUUGACCAGGUCCUGCCGUGUAGGUCUGGGCUGAUCCCUCACCUUCCUCAUGAUCAUUGAUGCCCCACAAGGUGAGAUCUUGCAUGGAGCCCAAGACCAAGGGUGAUUGACCGUCAUCUUGAACUUCUUCCAUUUUCUAAUAAUUGCGCCAACAGUUGUUGCCUUCUCACCAAGCUGCUUGCCUAUUGUCCUGUAGCCCAUCCCAGCCUUGUGCAGGUCUACAACUUUAUCCCUGAUGUCCUUACACAGCUCUCUGGUCUUGGCCAUUGUGUAGAGGUUGGAGUCUGUUUGAUUGAGUGUGUGGACAGCUGUCUUUUAUACAGGUAACGAGUUCAAACAGGUGCAGUUAAUACAGGUAAUGAGUGGAGAACAGGAGGGCUUCUUAAAGAAAAACUAACAGGUCUGUGAGAGCCGGAAUUCUUACUGGUUGGUAGGUGAUGAAAUACUUAUGUCAUGCAAUAAAAUGCAAAUUAAUUACUUAAAAAUCAUACAAUGUGAUUUUCUGGAUUUUUGUUUUAGAUUUCGUCUCUUACAGUUGAAGUGUACCUAUGAUAAAAAUGACAGACCUCUACAUACUUUGUAAGUAGGAAAACCUGCAAAAUCGGCAGUGUAUCAAAUACUUCUCCCCACUGUAUUUUGAAAUGUCAGAGAAAAGCCAACAUCCUCCCCAGACCUUGUGCCGUUGCCUAUAGGCUUACAUUGCUUCAAGGUCGGCAAUAUCUGAGACUAGUCAAGCUAAAGGGUAAAUAGACCAAAAAGUUAUUCUGUCUAUAAAUAGCCAGGUUAUUUAUAGUUAAGUAGGGUUGCCAACUCUCCCAGUUUGGACUGAAGUCUCCCAGAACUGGCCUUUACCUACUGCCGGAUUGUAAUGUUGAAGGACUUUUAUAAUCUCCCAUAAUAAGCUUGCAAGUUUGGUCCAAUCUACAGUAGCUCCCGUCCUUCAAAGUAAACACCAACUAAAUAGCAGUGUGGAAAACAAAGCGUAACCACAACCCGUUCUGACCUGUUCCUCCCCAGGACAGUGCAGAUCACAAACUCCACCUGUUCGACAAACCAGGCUACGCUGGGAGGAAGAUGGAGAUUGUGGACGAUGACGUACCCAGCCUGUGCAUCCAUGGCUUCCGGACCGUGUGGCCAGUGUAAAGGCUCUGAAUGGAACGUAAGUUCAUAGUUCAACACCUCUACAAAUCAUUGAGAUCAUAAAUGUGAUUAUGACUGUAUGUUCCUCUUCCCCUAUCCUCCCUAGGUGGGUGGGCUACAUAUUCCCAGGCUACAGGGGCCGCCAGUAUGUAUUUGAGCUCGGAGACUACAAGCACUGGAACGACUGGGGAGCCACGGCGCCUUAGAUCCAGUCCGUCCGACGAGUGCACGACAUGCAGUGGCACAAAAGGGGCUGCUUCACCGUUCCCGCCCAACCCCCUGCCCCCACUCCUGCCCCCAACCCCACACCCCCUGCCCCCCCUGCCACCAGCUGAAAGACAGCGGCUAUGGCCCCAGGCCCCCUAAGAAGCCAACCCCGGGCCCCCCAACCAUCCAGUGCUCCACUGAGCCUCUCCUCCUCGUCACAGAGGGCCACCAAGAAACGACGAGCUUUGGGAAAAAAAGUGAAGUGACCAUCACUGACUUACCUAUGUGUCUGGAGUGUAAAUAA